GUAAUUAAGUAUUACAUAUUUUCAUUAGUAUAUCAUAUGUUUUCAUAUAGUGUGUGUCCUAUAGAAGGAAACAGUUGUUAAUCAAUCUUCCCGCCUCCGAGUACAAAGAUACAAAACAAUCUAACUAGAAAGAAGAAGAUGGAUACGAAGAAGACAGAGAUAAGGAAAGAGAGAAUACCAUCACAGAAAGAAGAAGAAGAAGGAACAGUGAGGAAAGGACCAUGGACUAUGGAAGAAGAUUUGAUCCUCUUUAAUUACAUCCUUAAUCAUGGUGAAGGUCUUUGGAACUCCGUAGCCAAAGCCUCUGGUCUAAAACGUACGGAAAAAAGUUGUCGGCUCAGGUGGCUGAACUAUCUCCGGCCAGAUGUGCGGCGAGGGAACAUAACAGAAGAAGAACAGCUUUUGAUCAUUCAGCUUCAUGCUAAGCUUGGAAACAGGUGGUCAAAGAUUGCGAAAUAUCUUCCAGGGAGAACGGACAACGAGAUAAAGAAUUUCUGGAGGACAAAGAUUCAGAGACACGUGAAAUUGUCUUCGUCAGUAAAUAUGAAUAAUAUUCGUCAUUGUUCGGGAAACUCGCAGAGCUCGGUGAUAACAGCGACGGACCAAGGCAGCUCCAGCAAAGGCUUCGAUAUGGCUGAGAGCUUAAUUUCUCCGGCGACGACAACGACGUCAUUUCAUGUGAUGGAACAGUCAAACGACAGUUACUGGAACGUUGAAGAUCAAUGCCCCCUUCAGUUGCUUAAUGGUGACCACCCAGUGAUUUAAUUUUAGUCACAUUGAUUUAAAUGACUAUGCAUUUGCUAGUCCUACGUAUGAUACCCGAUCCGAUUUUUGUUUGUUUUUGUAUGGUACGUUCUUUGGUUUUCAUAUUGCUGAAAUCUUGUUUCGUUUACCUAUCAUUUAUAAUAAUUUCAUGCAAUCAUAUCAAUUAGUCUUCAAAUCAUGUGAAGGCGGUGUGUAAGUUACUCCUGUUCGUUUAUAAUUAAAUUUUAUAUAUUACUCUUUUUUUGUUUCA